GCGCCCCAGCGAAACGGGGAUCGCGCCCCCGGGGCCGCUGAGCCUGCGCCGGUGCCCGAAGCCCCGCGCGCACAGCCGAGUCCGCGCCGCGCCGCAGACGCCCAUCCCGGGGCCCGGGCUGGGGAACCCGCAGGCUGCGUGAGGCCAGCCCGUGCCCCGGAAGCAGGAUGAGAAGAUGGCGCACCUCCUGUUACCUCGGGGCACCAGCAGCUUCCGCAGGUUCACCCGGGAGUCCCUGGCGGCCAUCGAGAAGCGCAUGGCGGAGAAGCAGGCCCGCGGCUCGGCCACCCUGCAGGAGAGCCGCGAUGUGCUGCCGGAGGAGGAGGCUCCCCGGCCCCAGCUGGACUUGCAGGCCUCCAAAAAGCUGCCAGAUCUCUAUGGCAACCCGCCCCGAGAGCUCAUCGGGGAGCCCCUGGAGGACCUGGACCCCUUCUACAGCACCCAGAAGACCUUCAUCGUGCUGAACAAAGGCAAGACCAUCUUCCGCUUCAGUGCCACCAAUGCCUUGUAUGUGCUCAGCCCCUUCCACCCCAUCCGGAGAGCGGCCGUGAAGAUUCUGGUCCAUUCGCUCUUCAGCAUGCUCAUCAUGUGCACCAUCCUGACCAACUGCGUGUUCAUGGCCCAGCACGACCCGCCGCCCUGGACCAAAUACGUCGAGUACACUUUCACUGCCAUUUAUACCUUCGAGUCUCUGGUCAAGAUUCUCGCUCGAGGUUUCUGCCUGCAUGCAUUCACCUUCCUGCGAGACCCGUGGAACUGGCUGGACUUCAGUGUCAUCGUCAUGGCAUACACCACUGAGUUUGUGGACCUGGGCAAUGUCUCAGCCUUACGCACCUUCCGAGUCCUCCGGGCCCUGAAAACAAUAUCAGUCAUUUCAGGCCUGAAGACCAUCGUGGGGGCGCUGAUCCAGUCCGUGAAGAAGCUGGCCGACGUCAUGGUCCUCACCGUCUUCUGCCUCAGCGUCUUUGCCCUCAUCGGCCUGCAGCUCUUCAUGGGGAACCUCCGGCACAAAUGCGUGCGCAACUUCACGCUGCUCAAUGACACCAACGGCUCCGUGGAGGCCGACGGCCGCGUCUGGGAGUCGCUGGACCUCUACCUCAACAGCAAAGAGAACUACAUUCUGAAGGAAGGAACCUUGGACGUGCUACUGUGUGGGAACAGCUCGGACGCCGGGACAUGUCCUGUGGGCUCUCGCUGCCUGAAGGCAGGCCAGAACCCCGACCAUGGCUACACCAGCUUCGACUCCUUUGCCUGGGCCUUCCUCGCGCUCUUCCGCCUGAUGACGCAGGACUGCUGGGAACGCCUCUACCAACAGACACUGAGGUCUGCAGGGAAGAUCUACAUGAUCUUCUUCAUGCUUGUCAUCUUCCUGGGCUCUUUCUACCUGGUGAACCUCAUCCUGGCCGUGGUCGCCAUGGCCUACGAGGAGCAAAACCAAGCCACCAUCGCAGAGACCGAGGAGAAGGAAAAGCGCUUCCAGGAAGCCAUGGAGAUGCUCAAGAAGGAACACGAGGCCCUCACCAUCCGGGGUGUGGACACCGUGUCUCGCAGCUCCUUGGAGAUGUCCCCAUUGGCCCCGGUGAUCACGCACGAGAGAAGGAGCAAGAGGAGAAAACGAAUGUCUUCUGGCACGGAGGAGGGAGGGGAUGACAGGUUCCCCAAAUCCGACUCGGAAGAUGGCCCCAGAGCACUGAAUCGACUCAGCCUCACCCACGGCCUCAGCAGAACCUCGAUGAAGCCACGCUCCAGCCGCGGGAGCAUCUUCACCUUCCGCCGGCGAGACCUGGGUUCCGAGACCGAUUUCGCUGACGAUGAAAACAGCACAGCCGGGGAGAGCGAGAGCCACCGCAUGUCCCUCCCAGUGCCCUGGCCCCUGCGCCGGCCCAGUGCUCAGGGACAGCCAAGUCCUGGGGCCUCAACUCCCGGCCACGUCCUCAAUGGCAAAAGAAACAGCACCGUGGAUUGCAACGGGGUGGUCUCCUUGCUGGGGGCCGGCGAUGGUGACGCCACCUCCCUGGGGAGUCGCCUCCUCCGCCCCAUGAUGCUGGAGCGUCCCCCAGACACGACGACGCCUUCGGAGGAGCCGGGCAGGCCGCAGAUGCUCACCCCUCAGGUUCCACUCAUGGAUGGCUUCGAGGGGCCAGCAGAGCGGCAGCGGGCCCUGAGCGCGGUCAGCGUCCUCACCAGUGCACUGGAAGAGUUGGAGGAGUCUCACCGCAAAUGUCCACCAUGUUGGAACCGCUUUGCCCAGCGCUACCUGAUCUGGGAUUGCUGCCCAUUCUGGCUAUCCAUCAAGCAGAAAGUGAAGUUCAUGGUCAUGGACCCAUUUGCCGACCUCACCAUCACCAUGUGCAUCGUGCUCAACACUCUUUUCAUGGCACUCGAGCACUAUAACAUGACGACCGAGUUUGAGGAGAUGCUGCAAGUCGGAAAUCUGGUCUUCACCGGCAUCUUCACAGCAGAGAUGACCUUCAAGAUCAUCGCCCUUGACCCCUACUACUACUUCCAGCAGGGCUGGAACAUCUUCGACAGCAUCAUCGUCACGCUGAGUCUCAUGGAACUGGGCUUGUCCCGCAUGGGCAACCUGUCGGUUCUGCGCUCCUUCCGCCUGCUGCGGGUCUUUAAGCUGGCCAAGUCCUGGCCCACCUUGAACACCCUCAUCAAGAUCAUCGGGAACUCAGUGGGGGCUCUGGGGAACCUGACCCUGGUGCUGGCCAUCAUCGUGUUCAUCUUCGCUGUGGUGGGGAUGCAGCUCUUUGGCAAGAACUACUCGGAUCUGAGCUACCGCAUCAGCAGCAACACAGACCUGCCGCCCCGGUGGCACAUGAUCGAUUUCUUCCAUGCUUUUCUCAUCAUCUUCCGUAUCCUCUGUGGCGAGUGGAUAGAGACCAUGUGGGACUGCAUGGAGGUAUCCGGGCAGUCCCUCUGCCUGCUGGUCUUCUUACUGGUUAUGGUCAUCGGCAACCUUGUGGUCCUGAACCUCUUCCUGGCCUUGCUGCUCAGCUCGUUCAGCGCAGACAACCUCACGGCUCCCGAUGAGGACGGGGAGAUGAACAACCUCCAGCUGGCCCUGGCCCGCAUCCAGCGGGGCCUGCGAUUUGUCAAGCAGACCACCAGGGACUUCUGCUGCCGGCUCCUCCAUCGCAGGCCCCCCAAGCCCGCGGCCCUUGCCCCCCGCGGCCGGCUGCCCAGCUGCAUGGCCGCCGCCGGCUCACCCCCACCCCCAGAGCCAGAGAAGCCCCCUCCAGCCCGCAAGGAGACGCGUUUCGAGGAAGGAAAGCGGCCCGGUCAGGGCACCCCGGGGGACUCAGAGCCCGUGUGUGUGCCCAUUGCUGUGGCCGAGUCGGACACAGACGACCAGGAGGAGGACGACGAGAACAGCCUGGGCACGGAGGAGGAGACCAGCAAGCAGCAGGAAUCCCAGCCUGUGUCCGACGGCCCCGAGGCCCUCCCGGAGCCCAGGGCCUGGAGCCAGGCGUCCGAGACGGCCACCUCGGAGGCCGAAGCCUGUGUGGCUCCGGCAGACUGGCAGCAGCGGGCGGCGGAGCCCCCGGCCUCAGGGUGCAGUGAGACGCACGAGGACAGUUUCUCUGAGGGCAGCACCGCGGACAUGACCAACACCGCCGACCUGCUAGAGCAGAUCCCCGACCUGGGCGAGGAUGUGAAGGACCCCGAGGACUGCUUCACGGAAGGCUGUGUCCGGCGUUGUCCCUGCUGUGCCGUGGACAUCACCCAGUCCCCAGGGAAGGUCUGGUGGCGCAUGCGCAAGACCUGCUACCGCAUCGUGGAGCACAGCUGGUUCGAGACAUUCAUCAUCUUCAUGAUCCUGCUCAGCAGUGGCGCGCUGGCCUUUGAGGACAUCUACCUGGAUGAGCGGAAGACCAUCAAGGUCCUGCUAGAGUACGCCGACAAGAUGUUCACCUACAUCUUCGUGCUGGAGAUGUUGCUCAAGUGGGUGGCAUACGGCUUCAAGAAGUACUUCACCAACGCCUGGUGCUGGCUGGACUUCCUCAUUGUGGACGUCUCGCUUAUCAGCCUGGUGGCCAACACCCUGGGCUUCGCCGAGAUGGGACCCAUCAAGUCUCUGCGGACGCUCCGAGCUCUCCGGCCACUGCGGGCUCUGUCCCGGUUUGAGGGCAUGCGGGUCGUGGUCAAUGCCCUGGUGGGCGCCAUCCCAUCCAUCAUGAACGUCCUCCUCGUCUGCCUCAUCUUCUGGCUCAUCUUCAGCAUCAUGGGCGUGAACCUCUUCGCCGGCAAGUUUGGGCGGUGCAUCAACCAGACCUUGGGCGACCUGCCCUUGAACUACACCUUUGUGAACAACAAGAGCGACUGUGAGUCCUUCAACGUGACAGGAGAGCUCUACUGGACCAAGGUGAAGGUCAACUUCGACAACGUGGGAGCCGGCUACCUGGCCCUCCUGCAGGUGGCCACAUUCAAAGGCUGGAUGGACAUCAUGUAUGCGGCUGUGGACUCCAGAGGGUACGAGGAGCAGCCGCAGUGGGAGUACAACCUCUACAUGUACAUCUACUUUGUCGUUUUCAUCAUCUUUGGCUCCUUCUUCACCCUGAACCUUUUCAUCGGUGUCAUCAUCGACAACUUCAACCAACAGAAGAAAAAGAUACGGGGCCAGGACAUCUUCAUGACUGAGGAGCAGAAGAAGUAUUACAACGCCAUGAAGAAGCUGGGCUCCAAAAAGCCCCAGAAGCCCAUCCCACGGCCCCUGAACAAGUACCAGGGCUUUAUAUUCGACAUCGUGACCAAGCAGGCCUUCGACGUCACCAUCAUGUUCCUCAUCUGCUUGAACAUGGUGACCAUGAUGGUGGAGACAGAUGACCAGAGCCCCGAGAAGGUCAACAUCUUGACCAAGAUCAACCUGCUCUUCGUGGCCAUCUUCACGGGCGAGUGCAUCGUCAAGAUGGCUGCCCUGCGCCACUACUACUUCACCAACAGCUGGAACAUCUUCGACUUCGUGGUGGUCAUCCUUUCCAUUGUGGGUACCGUGCUCUCGGACAUCAUCCAGAAGUACUUCUUCUCGCCCACCCUCUUCCGCGUCAUCCGCCUGGCCCGCAUCGGCCGCAUCCUCAGGCUGAUCCGCGGGGCCAAGGGCAUCCGCACGCUGCUCUUCGCCCUCAUGAUGUCCCUGCCCGCCCUCUUCAACAUUGGGCUGCUGCUCUUCCUCGUCAUGUUCAUCUACUCCAUCUUCGGUAUGGCCAACUUCGCCUACGUCAAGUGGGAGGCAGGCAUCGACGACAUGUUCAACUUCCAGACCUUCGCCAACAGCAUGCUGUGCCUCUUCCAGAUCACCACGUCGGCGGGUUGGGACGGGCUCCUGAGCCCCAUCCUCAACACGGGGCCCCCGUCCUGCGACCCCAACCUGCUCAACAGCAACGGCUCCCGGGGGAACUGCGGCAGCCCGGCUGUGGGCAUCCUCUUCUUCACCACCUACAUCAUCAUCUCCUUCCUCAUUGUGGUCAACAUGUACAUCGCCAUCAUCCUGGAGAACUUCAGCGUGGCCACGGAGGAGAGCACGGAGCCCCUGAGCGAGGACGACUUCGACAUGUUCUACGAGACCUGGGAGAAGUUCGACCCCGAGGCCACCCAGUUCAUCGAGUAUGCCGCCCUCUCCGACUUCGCCGACGCCCUCUCAGAGCCACUGCGCAUCGCCAAGCCCAACCAGAUCAGCCUCAUCAACAUGGACCUGCCCAUGGUGAGCGGGGACCGCAUCCACUGCAUGGACAUUCUCUUCGCCUUCACCAAGCGGGUGCUGGGCGAGUCGGGCGAGAUGGACGCCCUCAAGAUCCAGAUGGAGGAGAAGUUCAUGGCGGCCAACCCGUCCAAGAUCUCCUACGAGCCCAUCACCACCACGCUGCGGCGGAAGCACGAGGAGGUGUCCGCCACGAUCAUCCAGAGGGCCUUCCGCCGCCACCUGCUCCAGCGCUCCGUCAAGCACGCGUCCUUCCUCUACCGCCAGCAGACAGGCAGCAGCGGCCUCUCAGACGACGACGCCCCCGAGCGAGGGGGGCUCAUUGCCUACAUGAUGAACGAGAACUACUCCCAGCGCCGGGGCCCCCCCUCCAGCUCCUCCAUCUCCUCCACGUCCUUCCCACCGUCCUACGACAGCGUCACCAGGGCCACCAGUGACAACCUGCCCGUGCGGGUGUCAGACUACAGCCGCAGCGAGGACCUGGCCGAUUUCCCCACAUCCCCAGACAGGGACCGCGAGUCUAUCGUGUGAUCUGUGC